CAGUGUUGACGGAGUCACCUGAAACGGACUUCGGUCGCCGUGAUCUUCAGGAACGUCAAAUGGACUAAGACCUGUAAAGUUCAUGCAAAUCGCAUAGGAAGUCAGCUGGAUCUACAUUCCGUUGAAGUUGCCUCGCGAGAACGAAAAUCCCUCCAGAAUGCUUGAGGUGGAUUUUAUGUCUUAGACUUUAUAAAAUCGUGCGAGAUCCUGAAAGAUGAGUGUCCCGGUGAAGAAAUUGAAAAUUUGCGUCUUUUUCCAAUCCGGAUAAUCUUCUGAGAAACGUUCUAGUCUCAUUCGAAUUAAAUCUGAAUUUUAAAUUGGAUCACAAAGAAGAACAUCCUUCGCAAACAUUAGGAUUCAAUCUGCGCGGAUUUUCAUCCUGACAAAAUUUUCUCAGUGAAAGAAAUUAUCUCAAUUGAGUUGAAAUAUAUACUAUAUAAAUUCUCCAUUCAGCUAAGUUCUUUCUAUCUUUGGAUCUGCCGGAUAUUUAGUUUUUUGCCAGUGAUUCGCAGCGACUAGCUAUCAACAGGUGUAAAAUUUACACAAAGACUAACCGUUUAAUUGAAGCUUAUAAAAUGUUCUUUUAACGAUUACAAUAGAAAUCCAGUAAAAGAAAUUAUUUCUCGGCGAGUGUACGAAGAUCGGUACUGAUUUUUGAUACGACAAAUUCGAAAGAGAAAUUCAUAUUUGCGCGCUUGUCGCCGUCAAUUAUAAUCGUACGAAGUGUGAAGAAACAUGAGGCCGCCGUAUAACGAAGGAGAGGUGCAGCAGAUCUCGCAGGAGCAAGGCGAGAGAAAUGUUGCAAUGGCAGUCUGCGUUCAACUGGCUGGUCGGGCGAUCAUCCGGGUGGUUUCACGAUGUGAGGAAGCCCAGGAUAACUGCAACUUAGACUUGUCAGAGUGCCAGCUCAUGCAAAUCCCAGACGCAGUCUACCAUCUGAUGCGACACACAGAGCUGAAAAGAUGCGAUCUCUCCGGCAACGUGAUCACAAAAAUUCCAGCCAAGUUUGCCGUGAAAUUUUCAUUAAUCACUGAACUGAAUUUAAGCCACAAUCAGAUGAGCAAACUGCCUGAGGAGUUAGCCGAACUGCAAGCUCUGGAGAGACUCGAUAUCUCGCACAACACUUUCAUCGCUCUACCAUCUGUGGCUUGGCGGAUACCGCAUUUGAAACGACUUCUCGCUAACAACAACUUUAUCAUCGAUGUUGACGUCGAGAGGCUUAGGCACGCACCUGUUCUAGAAUUCAUCGACCUGCAAGCGAAUCCCCUUCCGCCGAGAUUGCACGAUCUUCUACGCACUCUGACCAGGAUUACAAUCGAACUUACUCCUCGACAAAUCGAGGAUUGGGAGGACUUGAACGUUUAAGUCAUUUCCCAAGCGAGAGCAGUCUAUUUCGCGACGGAAGACGACGGAGAGACGGUUCCGACCUUCGUAUUCUCUCGACGAAAAUUGCUCAAGACUUUGCGCGAACUAGAAGUAGAAUCAAUAUUUUGUACAGUGAUAAUGCGAGCUGUGUGAUAACAAGUGUCGCGGAUUGUAAGUCAAUGGUCCGCUUGUAUCUUUUGUAAAUGUCACUAGUGAUUUAUAUCUGUACUUGAUUA